UGCGCUAACUUGGGAUGGUUUCAGCUCGCACGCAACCCGGCUUAACCUCGGCACCCCGUUCAUCAGCAGCACCCCUCCCCGGGAUCGAUGCGACCCUAACCCCCCCACGUGAGAGGUCGACCUGUCGCUAGAAAAGCAGCACGAGAUGAUCAGCAGCAGCAGCAGCGUCUAUGGCUUAAAGAUGCAGUGGACCCCGGAGCACAGCCAGUGGGCCGAACAGCACUUCGACAUCUCCUCCACUACACGCUCGCCAGCCCACAAGGCCGAGGCCUACCGGGCAGUGCCUGGCCACCUGCAGCGCUCUGCCACCUACCAGUAUGCCUGGGCCAAUGAUGACAUCUCAGCUCUUACCGCCUCCAACCUGCUCAAGAAGUACGCUGAGAAGUAUUCCGGUAUUCUCGAGAUGCCGGGGUCGUACUCCGAGGGGCCUGGCGUCCCGGGAGUCAUGAACGGGAGGAAAGGUGAAUCAGAGCCGUGGCAGGAUGGCGUUUAUCCCAUGAGCUGCAUCCCAGAGGGUGUUUCUGUUAGAAAAGGAGGGGUGGCAGCAGCUUCAGAGGUGGUAUCAGGCAUGUGCAGCUCCCCGGGCUUGGCCUCCAGCACGCUGAGUGAACCCAGUUACUCCAGCAGCAGCUGUGGGAGCCACACCGCCACCGCACUCCACUCCUCCUCCAUGCCCUCUCAGGAAUAUGGUCCAGCAUACAGCGGCUCUUACCUGCACAGUAGUUACUCCCAGUCUGCCCCAGCACCGGCACUUCCCUCCCCACUGCACAGCUCUGGGCUCUUGCAGCCACCCCCUCCGCCGCCCUCCCACCCCACUUUAGUCCCAGCUUACAAUGGAGGCUCCCCUAACUUGUCCAGUUAUAAUUACCCCCCAGCCGGCUACCCAGCUCAGAGCUCAGUAGGGCCAGGAUACAGCCCUGGGGGAGCACCCCCUCCUUCUUCAUACCUCCCCUCAGGCAUUGCGGCACCUACACCUCUUCCCCCUCCUUCGACUUUACCUGGAUACCCGUACCAGAGCCACAACCUGACCCCAAUUGCCCCCACUCCUCUCAACAGUAGCUCCUCUAAUUCACUGAAGAGGAAAGCUUUCUACAUGACAGGCCAAGGAGAGAUUGACUCUUAUGGUAACUUUGGCUAUGGCCAGGCUCGGAGCUCGUCUGAGAGUCCCAUGUACAGGGUGGCAGACAGCAGCAGUGCAAACGGAGGCUCCAACAGCGCCAGCGGUGGUGGAUUUGACAGAAGUGCUGAAAAGUCAUCUUUACCUUUUAAUCCUCAGAAGCAGUCCACAAUGUCUUCGGAGCAGCAGCAGAGGAAGUACAGCAGCCAGGCAACAGGUGGGCCAAUGACUCCACCAGCCUAUGUUUCCUCCUCCCUGGGGGGUUCUCGUUCAGCAGAUUCCCUUGUCAACUUCACCUCCCCCUCCCUCAGUGAGCAAGGUGCUGAUGACCACCGCCUUCACCUCUCACACUCAGCACCAGGGCCUACCUCUUCCUCAUCCAAUUCCUCCUCCAGGCCUGCUGAAGAGCAGCUGAAAACCAGUGACCCUCACCUCCUUGACAUGGUUACCUCUGAAAUCGUUCAGCAAGGCCCACCGGUGGAUUGGAGCGACAUCGCAGGACUAGAACUGGCCAAAGCUACCCUUAAGGAGGAGGUUCUGUGGCCAAUUCUGCGCCCGGACAUGUUCAGCAGUUUAGGACCAGCCCCACGGUGCGUCUUGCUGUUUGGACCAAGAGGCAGUGGGAGGACGUUGCUGGGACGCUGCUUGGCGAGCCAGCUGGGAGCGCCGUUCCUUCAGCUAAGUGGCUCCACAUUGGCCACCAAGUGGCUGGCAGACGGAGAAAAAAUAAUCAGAGCAUCCUUCCUGGUGGCGCGAUGCCGGCAGCCCUCGGUACUGUUCAUAAGUGAGGUGGACAUGCUGCUUUCAGCCCACCUUAGUGAGGAAAGUCCCAUCAACCGCCUGAAGGGGGAGCUACUUUCCCAGUUGGACUCGCUUCUCAUGGGCUCAGGAGAGGAUGGAAGCAACCAAGUGUUGGUGGUUUGUUCCACAAGCAGACCCCAGGACAUGGACGAAGGGCUGCGCAGGUACUUUGGUCGUAGGGUCCUUGUGCCCCUGCCGGACAGCACAGCCCGGCACCAGAUCGUGAACCAGCUGCUGGCUCAAUCUCAGCACAAGUACUGCUUAAGUGAGGAGGAGCUGGCGCUGCUGGUCCAGCGUACAGAGGGUUUUUCUGGACUUGACCUGGCCAGAUUCUGCCAGGAGGCCCUCGUUGGACUGUUACAUGCCUCUGCACAGGGCAUGGACAUGUCGGGUAUGAUGCCCAGGGGACAGGUCAGGCCACUUACCUACCAGGACUUUGAGAGUGUCUUUUGUAAAUUCCAAGCCAGUAUAUCGCAGAAAGAGAUUGACACAUACACUGAGUGGAACAAAAUGUUCGGCUGCAGCCAGUGAAAAGAUAGAUUUCCGCCCUUGAGAAAAAGAGGCAUCCACGUUUCCUCCCCUCAGGGCAGAAGCAUUGUGCUGGAGGGAAAGGCACACAGAAGGCCAUCACAAGCCCACAGAGUUCUCAAAAGCAGGGUUUAGAUGCAUCGAGAGACCUGGUUUUUGAUGAGACAACUGGCAGUUUUGCAGUUAAUGAGCAAGAGUUUUAAUUUGAAUGCUUGACACUCGAGAAAAGCCAGGCGUUGUUUACAUAUUGCAAGCAAGUUGGCUUCAGAAGAGACGCCCCAGUGUCUGUGUAUAUAUCUUUAUGUCCUUGUUCUUGAGAUUUAGUUGGCUAUCCAAGUGCCUGAAGUGGUGCUUUCUGAGUUUCUUUCUUUAUUUGCCUCACAAUCUACAUUCAUGGCAUGAGCUGAUGAUUAUAAAGAGCUUUAAAAACUUCAACGGUGAGUCUGAAAAACAGAGAUUGACUGAAGCCAUCGGCAGUGGUCAAUCAGUCUUUAUUGUCUUGCUAAGAGCAGUAAUCCAUCAGGGUGGCAGUAGUCUGGGCCCUGACUCAUGCUCAUCUCUUCUGAUCCUGUGUCUGCAAAGCAAACAAACGUAACAAACAAAACUCAGGAAAGCGUUUGUGAAUUGUAUAGUACCUCAAGAUACCUUGAUGAAAAGCACUAAGAUCCAAGGGGAGAAUUCAAGGGGGUUUGGCAAUUUCUCAAAGCAGUGGUAGGUGUACCUCAGCUGGCCAGGAUAAAUGGCAAAGAGGUGACAAUGAAUGUAACAGAUAUGUUCUAAAGAGACGGAACAUAAUCAACAGUGAGAGUAAAAAACUAGUCAUUUUUUCCUCACAGCAGGUGCUUUGGUUACCUGUUUCUACUUGACCAACCCUAAAGCUUAUUUCCAUGGCUCUUAAAAAAUAAAACCAUGUUGCCCAGCUUUGUUGUUUAGAGGUUUUCAGAGAUGGACAGGUGUUGGUUUGGUGGGAGUUGUACAUUUAUUAAAGCUACCAUAAUCAACAUUGUCUACAUUAUUUGACCAAGGCUGUAUGGUAGCUCCAUCAGUUUUCAGCUGACUUCUGCGCAAAACACUGGCUCUGUUUAGGAAGAGAGAUGUAUCCUCUAAUUUUGAUGCACUAAAACAUUCCCAAAUAAUCAUAAGGAAUCAUUCAGAGGUAUGGGAAAUAACCAAGAUUUUAAUGUGAAGCUCAUAGGCUAAUCUCUAAAGCUUUGGUAGGAAUAUUUAUGGUAAAUAUGCUAGCUUGCUGUCUUGCCAGGAGUUAAAUGUGAAGUAAAUUGGCUACCAGCUAAUGCUGCUCACCAAUUAGCUCAGCUUGAAUUAUGAAAAUAACAAAGAUGACAAAAUCCAACUAAUUAUGCUGCUUGGCUGACAUGUUUCUUGCUACAGGCUAACAUCAUACAUAGACUUCUUUGAAAUGUAUGCUGUAGCUAAAUGAUAAAAUAGCAAAGCAAAUUUAUAACUGUAGACAGUUAGCUUAGCUUAGCUUACCGUAAGUCCAGGAUUCCGUAAUCUUUUUGAUAACAGGAAAUGUUACUUCUUAGCUGAAUGCACCGUUUUUCUAUCUUUCUUAAUACUGGAAUAGCAAAACAAAUAUUUUGCGGUACAGGGUUAGCGUAGCUUUGCGUUUGUGUUGGAUUUUAAUCUUUAAGCUUAAAGAGUUAAUACAAUCCAUCCAGAUUUGCUACUGAGCUAACACCCCAGCCGUAGGCUAAUAUUAAACAGACAUGUAUGACUUUUUGGGGAUUUGGGAAAUUGCAAACAAACUUUAUGCAGUAGACACCUAGCUAAGCCUUGCGUUAGUCCAGGAUUCUGUAGUCUUUUUUCCGAACAGGAAAUGUUGCUUCUUAGUUAAGAUGCUUCUAUUUAAAGGCUAAUAUCAGACACCAGGUUUGGAUCUUACUGUUUGACAUAUCAAAAUCAACUUUUACAUGUUGAAACUAGACUGCAUAAAAUUUAUUAAAAUUUGCUACAUCGCUACUAUGCUUAGCUAACAGCCUGAAUUUUAUUCUUCAGUUGUUUUGGAAAAAGGUUUUAGCUAGCUUGUUAAAUUUAGACAUUUUAAAAACUAUAUAGGCCGAUGUCAAACGGACGCUUUGAGAAAUGGACGUUUUAGCUAGCUUUCUUAAUACUGAAAUAGCAAUACAAAAGUUUAGCAGUAGAUGGUUAGCCUAGCUUUGCAUUUUUUGUUGGAUUUGAUCUUUUACUUGGAACAAGAGUUCCAAAUUUGCUUCUUACCUAACAUCCCAGCCAUAGAUUAAUAUUAUACAGACAUGUACCAGUAUUAGCCCUAGACUUUUUCGGGGAUGCACCGGUAGCUAGCUUUCUAUAUACUGAAAUGGCAUACAAACCUUGUGCAGUAGACAUUUAGCUUAGCUUUGCACUGGUGCUAGAUUCUGUGAUCUUUUACCUGGAUAAAAACUGAUUAGACAUGUUCGACUAUUACCUCUAGAGUUUUGCAGGAAUGCAUCGAGCAAACAAACUCUUUGCAGUAGACAGCUUAGCUUUGCACUAGUGCUGGAUUUUGUAGUCUUUUACCUGGAUAAAGAGUUUAUACAUUCCAUCCAAAUUUGCUAACAUGGCUCAUAUUUAACAGCUGUGUAAAUAUUACUGACUUUUUGGGAGAUUUGUUCAUGCCAGCUAGGAUUUUAAAUGUUAAAUUAGUUAUCUAGUUAGCUUAGCUUUGCGGUCGUACUGAAACAGCUAGCAUUGCUUUGUCUUAAGAUAACUAAAUUAGUUCUAGAUAUUGCUUGUUUAGAUUGCACAAUAGCUGAAGUUUUAGGAGGCACCUUAAUACAUAUUUUGGAUAGAAGUUGCGCAGCUAAGCUAACGGGCUAAUUUUAAACUGAAAUAGGAGGGUGAUAUCAGUCUUCACAUUUUACUCCUGGCAAGGCAAUAAACAAGCACAUUUCCUUCAACGACGGGCUGUUCUUGGAAAUCAGAGUGAAA